AUGACAUCGUUCAAUAAAGAUUUAGAUACAAUUCCAUGGGAUUCAAUCCGCUACUUAGAUACAGUGACUGAUAUGGUGACCUGCUUCAAUGCAUAUGUAACUGAGCUCUUUAAUUGCCACGCUCCGGUAAAAAAAGUCUUAUGUAGGGAUAAACAUAAACCGUGGCUGACAAGCAAUGUACGGCUCAUGAUGAAAUUACGGGAUUCAGCUCAUGCAAAGUCUAAAAAGCAUGACAAUGUGGUACUGCGGGACGAAUAUAAAAGAUUAAAACAUCUUGUUAAUGUCGGUAUGCAUUUUGAAAAGAAGGCUUAUUUCGAAUAUAACAUUAAUAAAAAAAUUAAGGAUUCCAAAUCUUUAUGGUCAAACUUAAAAAAGACUGCUUUACCUAAUACAAAGGUGAACAGCUUGCCCUUGUCUGUAAACGAUCCGGAUAAAAUUAACGAUCAUUUUUUAAAAACUCCAGGUAUUGACGAAGUUCGCAUAUCCGAUCUGACUUACUUUGAGCAUCAUAGGUGUGGUUCAUCUACUUUCAAUUUAAAACCUGUUGACACACUUACAGUAGGUAAAAUUAUGCUACAAAUAAAAUCAAAUGCUUUGGGCAUUGAUAAUAUAUCUAAAGAUAUGAUGCUUUUAACACUCCCUAGGACACUGGACAUUAUUACUUUCAUAAUUAAUAAGUCUAUAGAGUCUUCAACAUUCCCUGCAAUAUGGAAAACAGCGGUGGUAUGUCCUAUCCCUAAGGUUACCAACCCAUCAAAUUUAUCAGAUUUGCGACCGAUUAGCAUAUUACCUUUUUUGUCUAAAGUCCUGGAAAGGAUUGUCCAUCUACAAGUGUCCUAUUACUUGGAAGCCAAUAACAUAUUACCACCUUUUCAAUCUGGAUUUAGAAAACGAAGAGGUACGAUCACUGCAUUAUUGGAUGUUGUGGACAAUGUUUUGGCGGCUAUGGAUAAGGGAAAUGGUACCUUGCUUACUUUGCUCGAUUUUUCGAGGGCUUUCGAAUGUUUAAAUAUAAACCUCUUACUUUCAAAACUUAGAUACUAUGGAUUUGAUGAGCAAACAAUACUCUGA